AUGCUUGUUCCUACUUAUAAUGACGUUUUGGAUGCCGGCGAGAGAAUUAAGGGAUAUGUGAACGAGACACCUGUUCUCACUUCACGCACGCUUAACGAUCAACUUGGGGCAGAAAUAUACUUCAAAGGUGAGAAUUACCAACGGGUUGGAGCGUUCAAGUUUCGUGGAGCAAUGAACGCUGUUUCAAAAUUAAGUGAUGAAAAAAGAAGUAAGGGAGUGAUCGCUUUUUCAUCAGGCAACCAUGCACAGGCCAUUGCUCUUAGUGCAAAAUUGUUAAACGUACCUGCAACAAUUGUUAUGCCCGAGGACGCUCCCACUCUCAAAGUUGUUGCUACAGCCGGUUACGGAGCUCAUAUUAUAAAGUAUAACAGAUAUACUGAGGAUCGCGAGGAGAUUGGACGUCAAUUAGCAGCCAAACAUGGAUUUGCACUGAUCCCACCCUAUGAUCACCCUGAUGUUAUUGCAGGGCAAGGCACAUCUGCAAAGGAGCUAUUAGAAGAGGUUGGGCAGCUUGAUGCAUUAUUUGUUCCUUUGGGAGGUGGAGGGCUUCUUUCGGGAUCUGCACUUGCCGCUAGAAGCCUGUCUCCAGACUGCAAAAUUUUUGGAGUUGAACCUGAAGCUGGUAACGACGGACAACAAUCCUUCAGAUCAGGUUCCAUUGUUCACAUCGAUACUCCGAAAACCAUCGCAGAUGGCGCUCAAACACAACAUCUGGGGGAGUACACAUUUGCCAUUAUUCGCGAAAAUGUCGAUGAUAUUUUGACGGUAAGCGAUCAAGAGCUAAUAGAAUGCAUGCAUUUCCUCGCGGAACGCAUGAAGUUAGUUGUCGAACCUACAGCUUGUUUAGGAUUUGCAGGUGCGCUCCUGAAGAAGAAAGAACUAGUUGGCAAGAAAGUAGGAAUAAUACUAAGUGGAGGUAAUGUAGACAUGAGAAGAUAUGCCGCUUUAAUCUCAGGGAGGGAAGAUGGCCCGAUGACUUAG